AUGGGUAAUUUCAUUGUAGCUCGGACAGAAUGGUUUUUGCCUUGCACCGAUGUUGUUAUUGGAGAGGCUUUAGAAUCUAAGAACAAGUUCAAUGCAAUUAAUAAUGAGUGGGGUUACACUUCUUUCAUGCCAUUGGUUGAGCUUCAUGAUCUUAAAAAAGGGUAUAUCGUGAAGGAUACUUGUAUUGUUGGUGUUGAAGUUUUUGUUUGUAAUUCAACACAUGAGAAACAACUAAGUCAAGCAAGUAACUUCAUAUUUCAAAGUCAGACUGGCUACGUGGAAGUGGAAGACUCGGUUUCAAAUAUAGAAACUCUUGAACCAACUAAACAUCCUGAUGCUGAGUUAAUGUUUGCUACAAUUGGGCGAAUUCUUUAUUUCCUUAAGACUAAAAAAGUAAAAGACAUGAAUGAACAAGCUUGUGAGGAACUUCAAGAUUUAUGGGAUAAACUUGCAAAGUUUAAAUUUGAUUUUACUUGGCUAGAGCCUCAUGUUCAAUCUGCCUUAGGAAUGAAGAGUUUUGUGGAGAAAGCUGAACCAGUUGAAAAGUUGAAGGAGAAUAUAAUAAUUCUAGAGCUGGAAACUGCUAGGCUAAAGGAAAAAUUGGUUUCUGCUGAGUUAAAUCUUGACGUAGAAAGAGAUUUGUUGAAAGCAAAAGGUGUCAAAGAAAUAGAAUUAGAUUCUGAAUUGGGAUGUGGAAGUUAAAUCUCGACAUAGAUCUUCCUAUAGCUUAAUUUUGUUUGAUUUCAAUGU